AUGGCAACCGGCAUUCAAACACUCCUAGAAGCUGAAAAGGAAGCAGCAAAGAUUGUGGCAAAAGCACGACAAUACAGGACACAGAGAUUAAAAGACGCGAGAUCAGAAGCAGUUAAAGAGAUUGAAGCAUUAAAGGCUGAAAAGAAUGCAGAGUUUGUCAACUUUGAAAAGCAGUAUGGAGGAUCAUCAGACGAAGCAGUAUCCAAAGUGAAUGCUGAAACCGAGGUAGCACUUAAAGGGAUUCAGGAUUCUCUUAGGCAAAGUAAAGAUGCUGUUAUUGCGAAAUUGUUGAGUGCUACUGCUACAGUCAAACCAGAGGUCCAUGCCAACUUGAAGUUCGCUGGUGCUUUAUAA